UUUCUGGUCCGGCAGCGCGCAGAUGCAGAGAGCAGAAGCUGUAUCCAUCCACGACGAUAUCUGCCACCAUGGCCCCUGUGAAGCUCGACAGCUCAGAUGAAACCGUGCCUGUUGAAAAUGGAAAAACAAAGACAUGCAUCACUUCAAAACAGAAGGGACUGGAGACGAUUGCCCCUCUGGUUCGCUCCGUAGAAGAAACUCCUGAGCCCAUCGCCACUGAAGUUCACGGCACCAUCCCCUCCUGGAUCAAUGGAAACCUGCUACGCAAUGGGCCGGGGAAGUUUGAGUUUGGAAACACACACUUCAACCACUGGUUUGAUGGGAUGGCCAUGCUGCACAAGUUCAAGAUUGAAAACGGCCAGGUGACGUACAUGAGUCGAUUCCUACGCAGCGACGUCUACAAGAAGAACAGUGAGAGGGACCGCAUUGUGAUAUCAGAGUUUGGAACCCUCGCCAUGCCCGACCCCUGCAAGAACUUCUUCCAGCGCUUUCUGUCUCGCUUUGAGAUGAUCCAGCCUACUGACAAUGCAAGUGUUAGCUUUGUGCAAUACAAAGGUGACUACUAUGUCAGCACAGAGACCAAUUUCAUGCACAGAGUGAACCCUGAGAAUCUGGAAACUGUGGAAAAGGUAGACUGGAGUAAGUUCAUUGCUGUUAAUGGAGCUACCGCUCAUCCACACUCUGACCCUGAUGGUACCACCUAUAACAUGGGAAACUCUUAUGGAAGCAAAGGGGCCCUGUACAACAUCAUCAGAGUCCCGCCUGAGAAGAAAGACGCCACAGACACCCUUCAAGGAGCCAAAGUACUGUGCUCCAUUGUGCCUGCAGACAAGUCCCACCCCUACUACCACUUCGCCAUGUCUGAGAACUACGUGGUGUUCAUCGAGCAGCCGAUAAAGAUGGACCUGCUGAAGAUAGUCACAUGCAAGCUGAGGGGGAAGGCUCUGAGCGAGGGCAUCUAUUGGGAUCCAAAGCUGCAAACUGUCUUCCACCUCGUCGACAAGCGUACAGGCGAGGUCAGCUCAGUGAAGUACCACACCAAAGCCAUCUCUGUCUUCCACCAAAUCAACGCCUUUGAGGAGGGCGGGUUCUUGAUGCUGGACAUGUGCUGCGCUGACGACGGCAAAGCCAUCAACAACUACCUAAUCCAGAACCUACGAAAGUCAGGAGACGCUUUGGAUGAGGUGUACAACACCGGGUGCCGGGCUUUCCCUCGCCGCUUUGUUCUUCCUCUCAAUGUGACCCAGGAAACCCCGGUAGACCAAAACCUGAACACUCAGCCCUCCAGUAAGGCAACCUGUGUCAAAAUCAACAAAGACAAGGUGUUUUGCCAACCCGAGGAUCUCCAUGGAGACGACCUUCAGGAGUACGGUGGCCUGGAGUUUCCACAGAUAAACUACGCCAAAUAUAACACAAAGCCGUACCGUUAUUUCUACGGCUGUGGCUUCAGACACCUGGUGGGAGACUCUCUGCUCAAAAUGGACCUAAACGACAAGACGUUCAAGGUGUGGUACCAGAAGGGUUUCUACCCGUCAGAGCCCGUGUUUGUGCCGGCACCUGAUGCUGUGGAGGAGGACGAUGGUGUCAUCAUGUCUGUGGUUCUCACCCCCUCACAGGAUAAAGGAUCAUUCCUCCUGGUUUUGGAUGCCAAAACGUUCGAAGAGCUGGGCAGAGCCAACGUUCCCGUGAACAUGGCUUACGGCUUCCACGGCACCUUCAGCGCCUGUGCUUGAAGCGGAUACUUUGAAAGUGUUUCUGAUAUUCAAUAUAACAUGAAGAAUACCAGCGCAGUGUAUAACCACUAUACUCCUGAUGGUACUGACUCACCGCUGCACUAUACUAAACAUUGAUGCAGUGUAAUGUUACUGAACUGUUACUCUGGUUUGUAGCAACACACAACUGUGAUAAACUCAAAGAUACUUAAAGGAAGAAUGUGGGACAUUUUUACACUUAAAUCCAGCAGAAAUCAAGAAUAUCCUCUGUGAAUGUCUCUCUGAGUCAUGACUGGCUGUAUU